AUGCUGCAAAAAUUAUUUAUUGCUCUAUUCUAAAGUACAUAAAUAUAUAAAUAAAAGAUAAAUAUUUAUAAAUAUCUUAUGCUAAUAACUCCAAGAGAAUAAGGGAGCAUUUUCUUUGAAAAUUAUAACCCUGGACCUGGAUUCUAUCUAGGAAACGACUAAAGAUAUUCAAGUAUUUUAAAAUACUCUCAUCCUAAUUAUGGAGGGCAAGACUAAACUGUUCCUUUCCCAAGAGAGAUGAGAUUUAGAAAACUUAAAAAUUAAAAUGAUGUUAAAGUAGGCCCAGGUUCUUAUAAUUUCAAAUCUUAAUUCCUAAACAGAAAAGAAUACUUUGAAAAAUUCAACAUAAAUCCAACUAUUUAAAAGCUUAACUAUAGCAACACUUAAUCAUCUUUUAAAGUAAAUGCUGUCCCAUCCAUACCUAGUGGAAAUAUCUCAAGUGGAUAUCAAGACAUAGGAGAUGGUCUUGUUAUUUAAUUAAAAGAUAACAACAAAAAUUUACUAAAAAAUAGAGUGGGGCCAGGCUCUUAUGACCCAAAAAUUGAAAUGAUAAAGCCACGCAAACAAGUUCCUUUCAUUAGAAGUCAAUCUAAUUUUUCUAAAGUAAAAGAGCUACCUUAAUUAAAUUAGAAUGAUUUUUUUGUGUUUUCACAUAAAUCUUAUGCAAAAAGGUGA